CCUCCCUCCUUUAUUCCACGUAACUCCCCCUCUGAUCUUCCUCUUCAGGUCGCUGUCCAUCAAGCUGACAGUUCUUGAAUUAGUGCAGGCAAAUCUAAGAACGAGACGCGGCCGCGGCCAGCGGCAGGAGCAGCGCCAUCUCAAGAUAUCUUCGCGGCGAGCGCGCGGGGCGGAGCCAUGCGGAGGAAGAGCCUCCCCGUCGUCUCUUUGGAGCACAAGCGGGACGCCUAUGGGUUCGCGGUUCGGCCUCAACACUUGCAGAGAUACCGGGAGUAUGCAAAAAUAUACAAGGAGGAAGAAGAAGAGAGAUCGGAACAAUGGAAGAACUUCCUCGAAAGGCUGGCCGAGUCUGCCCAAGUGUCAUCCAACGGCUCAUCGGCACAGGAUUUUGGUGCGGAAGCACCAAAUGUCUCAGGAAAUGACAGCGACCGGAGUGGAAUUGACAAACGUGAUGGAUCGGAGGAAGUUGGUGCAGAGAAGGAGCCGGUUGAGAAAGAAAAAGCAAAACUCCAUAGAAUCCAUACAUGGAGUCAGAUAAGACCAUCUCUCGCUGCCAUCGAGCAGUUGAUGAGUCAGCGGGUGGAGAAGAGGAAGAGCCCAUCCAGUGAUGAGCAAGAGCCUGGGAGAAGUGGGAACUGCUUGGCACCAAUUGAAGAGGUCGCAAGACCUUCUAAAGAAGGAGAGUCUGAGGAAGAGUUCUAUGAUGCGGACAGAUCAAACGCGGUCAAGCAGGAGGCGCCUUCAGGUGAUGGUGAGAAUGCCGAUUCUGCAGCAAAGCAGGAGCCUUUCUUUCCUUGGAAAGAAGAGCUGAAUUUCCUGGUUCGUGGAGGAGUGCCAAUGGCUCUCAGAGGAGAGCUAUGGCAAGCUUUUGUGGGUGUGAAGGCACGCAGGGUGGAGGGAUACUAUGACGACUUGCUAGUUCUAGAUGCUAACACUGAUAAUAUUAAGGAAUCUGAUGCCUCCCUUCCAAAUGACACCAUUAGAAUGCCAAAAAAACCUCAGGGAGGAUGUGCACCUGAGAAAUGGAAGACGCAGAUCGAGAAGGAUUUGCCUCGAACAUUUCCAGGUCAUCCCGCGUUAGAUGAGGAUGGGAGAAAUGCACUAAGGCGUUUGCUUACAGCAUAUGCUCGCCAUAAUCCAUCAGUCGGGUACUGCCAGGCUAUGAAUUUCUUUGCUGGCUUGUUACUGUUGCUGAUGCCCGAGGAAAAUGCAUUUUGGACACUGUUGGGUAUUAUCGAUGAUUACUUUGAUGGCUACUAUUCUGAGGAAAUGAUUGAAUCUCAGGUGGACCAGCUUGUUUUUGAGGAGCUAGUGCGUGAGAAAUUUCCAAAAUUGGUUCAUCAUUUGGAUUAUCUGGGCGUGCAGGUGGCAUGGGUCACAGGACCUUGGUUCCUUUCCAUUUUCAUGAAUAUGCUUCCCUGGGAAAGUGUUCUUCGUAUAUGGGAUGUGCUUCUGUUUGAUGGAAAUCGUGUAAUGUUAUUCCGAGCAGCACUUGCUUUGAUGGAAUUAUAUGGUCCUGCGGUCGUGACUACAAAAGAUGCUGGAGAUGCAGUUACAUUAUUGCAGUCCCUUGCUGGCUCUACCUUUGACAGUAGCCAGCUUGUCUUGACAGCUUGCAUGGGUUAUCAAGCUAUAGAUGAAACAAUGUUGAACGAGUUGAGGAAAAAGCAUAGGCCUGCAGUUAUAGCUGCCAUGGAGGAAAGAUCUAGAGGACUUAAUGAAUGGAAGGACUCUAAGGGCCUAGCAUCUAAGUUAUAUAGUUUCAAACAUGACAGAGGAUCAAUACUUACAGAAACCAACUUGUCAGAGGCAUUAGGUGACACACAAACCAAUGGGGAUUUGCAUAACUUGAAGUCCGGAUCCACAGAUAUAGAGGGAUAUUUGAAUGGUCUAACAGUUGAUUCAGAGACAGAUUCCAUACCUGAUUUUCAAGAACAGGUGACAUGGUUGAAGGUUGAGUUGUGCAAAUUGCUGGAGGAGAAAAGAUCAGCUCUUCUCAGAGCCGAGGAGUUGGAGACAGCGUUAAUGGAGAUGGUCAAGCAGGAUAAUAGACGCCUUUUAAGUGCCAAGGUUGAGCAGUUGGAGGAGGAGGUAUCUGAAUUGCGGCAGGCUCUUGCAGAUAAGCAAGAACAAGAGCGUGCCAUGCUUCAGGUCUUGAUGAGGAUGGAACAAGAACAGAAGGUGACAGAAGAUGCUCGCUUUUCUGCUGAGCAAGAUGCUGCUGCUCAGAAAUAUGCGGCUCAUGUGCUUCAGGAAAAAUAUGAAGAAGCGAUGUCUGCACUUGCACAAAUGGAGAAAAGGGCUGUGAUGGCAGAAACGAUGCUGGAGGCCACAUUGCAGUACCAGUCUGGCCAGGUUAAAGCCCAACAACCUCAUUCUCCAAGAACUCCACGGACCAAUCAAGAGAUGUCUCACGAUGCACCCACCAGGAAAAUGGGACUGCUCUCCAGACCAUUUGGCUGGCUUGACAAGAACAAGUUUCAGGGUAAGCCAAGCAAUGCUGAAGAGUCCAUUGAAGGCAAAACUUCUAGCGUGGGACAGAGCCCCAAAGCACCGAACAAAGAUCUGAAUGGUGAUUAAGAUUUGGAUAAGUAUAUUGUCCAUGGAAGCAAUCGGCACAUCAGCAUGCUACCGCACCUCUUUUUGUAUUGCUGUCAUGUACUGUGUUUGUAUUACCGUUACAGAAGAUCCAUUAAAUUAUAAAAGCAUACGAUAUGAUCGGUUUCCAUUUCCCGUUUGUACAAAAUCCAAGUCAUAGCGAGUGUCUGUAGAUUUGGCAAUAUCCUUGUAAUCUUCUAAAUGCCAGCUACAAGUUGGUCGGCCGUUGUUACAUUAAUGUAAAUUAGUAGGCGUGGAUGCAAGAAGAGAUAAGAAAUUUUUGUUUUACGUUUCAUUGAAA